AUUGAAUGAUAACAGCUGUCUCACUCAGAUUCAAUAAAUGUGGCUUGAAGUCUUCCUCAGUCAUCAUCCUGUACAUUUGGACACGAUAAAAACGGACACAUUGUGUAAGGUGGCACUAUGGCAGCUAUUGUUUAUUUUCUCCUGAUAAAAAGGUGUACAAUAACGAUGGCAUAGUUUGAUUUUGGUCUUUAUAUACUGAAGUUAUGUGUUUGUUGAAUUAGAGGAAGUUGAAGUUGGGUUGCUGCAACAAUGGAACCUGCUACUAAUAACAAUCCUUCUCCUUCUGCUCAUGCUUCAUUACAUGAAACCAAAUAUAUUGAGAGGGUGAAACAUGCCCUGAUCGACUUUGGAGUCCCAGAAGAGCUAAGGUUGUCUGAUCGUAGCAUCUACAAGGUUCCUUGCUAUCUCCGAAAGGUGAAGGAAGAUGCCUACACUCCUCAGUGCAUCUCAAUAGGUCCAAUUCACUUCAAAAAAGAAGAACUCAAGCCAAUGCAAGAGCAUAAGCUAAGAUACUACCAAUUCUUCGGGAGACGUGUUGGUGUCUCAGACGAACAAAUGGAGGCAUACAAACACUACCUUGAGACCGAAGAAAAGCAGAUUCGACAAUGCUAUGCAGAGAAAUUCCUUGACAUAACCAAAGAUACAUUCGUGGACAUGAUGCUGCUGGACGCCGUAUUCAUCAUGGAACUUAUGUUGAGAAACUGCGAGUUCAAAUCACACAAAGCCAAGCAUGAGCAAAACCACAAGCGAACCGAAUCCUUUAGAAUUAAAAACAACAAUGAUCUGAUCAUGACACACUCAUGGCUUAGCAGGAACAUCGCUGGGGACUUGAUCCUUAUAGAGAACCAAAUACCCUUUUUUGUGCUGCAGAAACUCUAUGAUGAUGUUGUCCCUCGUGAAAGCAAGAAGGAUGAACACACUGCGGGGUUUGUUAAGCUUGCUACUGAGUACUUUGCUUUCUAUGACACCCAAAUGUCUUCUUCUGGUGAAACCAAGAAACACUGUUCCUGUUACAUACUCCACUGUCUGAAGGAACCUUGUAAGUCAAAAGGAAAAGAUAGGAGUGAGAUUUCGAAACGUCCUCUAGGAAGCAAUUCUGAAGAGAAUCCAGAAGGACCAAAACAUUUCACUGAUCUGAUAAGGUGGCAAUUUUACCUUCCCACCGAGUGUGAAGCCGGUCAUGCUCAUCAGGUUCUAAGAACUGCAACAAAGUUACAAGGCUCAGGGAUAAGCUUUGAGAAAGGUGAUGUGAACAAGCGGUUACUGGAAAUAGCCUUCAAGAAGACCCCAAUUCUGAGUUCAUUUCUUUGCUUUGGUUGCUUUCCAUUGUCGAAGCUCUUCAAAGCGCGUUUGAGGAUUCCCCAAUUGAAGGUAGACCACACAACUGAACGUGUGUUCAAGAACCUCAUUGCUUUUGAGCAGUUUCACUAUCCAGACAAGCCUUACUUUUGCAACUAUGUUUCUUUCAUUGACUCUCUGAUACACACUCAGCUUGAUGUGGAGUUGCUGGUUGAGAAGGAAGUGAUUGUGCAUGAACUUGGGAGUGAUAAGGAAGUGGCAACUCUUGUUAAUGGUUUAUGCAAACAUGUUGUCACAAACUCAACUUGUUACCAUCACAUUAUAAAUAAGCUCAACGACCAUUACAUGAACGAUUGGAACCACACUAUUGCGGCUUUAAGGUUGGUGUACUUCAGAGAUCUUUGGAGGGCAAGUGGCACUGUGGUGGGUAUUGCUGUGCUGGUUUUUGCUGUCUUCCAAUUCCUCCGUGUUUGUCGUUAUCUCUUCUAGAAUGAACAAAAAUGUAACUCAGUUUGGAUUAUUAUUGCAAAUAACAGCUACAACCAUGGAGUGCUUAUUUUCUUCUUGUUUCUAGGGGUUUGAUUUGUUGUUGUUUAGAUUUCAGAUUAGGAGUUCUGAUUCUGUUUUUAUAUAAAUUUAAAAUAUUUAAAAUUAUGUUGUAUACCUACAAACAAUGGAUGUAUCAGUUAUGUUUUGUGCUCUUUAUAUAUACAGUUGUUUCAAUAAAAUAUUAGAUACUUUUCUGCA